AUCGAGCCACGAAGGCUGCGCCGCACUGCGUACCGACUUUGUACGAUAUUACGCGCCGAAACUUUUUUUCGCAUGAAAAAGGUUUUCAAAAAAAAAAAUUGUAAUUUGAGAAAAAUGUUUUGAUAUGUGACUAUGUGCAUUAUUUGUGAUGAAUUGUUUUGCAUAAACAAAAUUUUUAGUUGUUAAUAUGUGAUUUUGGAUUAUUGUGGAACCCCGAAAAAUGUGUGAUAACGAUUGCGUCAUCGAGGGUACUGUGAAGUUUAGGGAUGGAAAAAAGUGGAAAUCAAGAUGGUGUGUCAUGCGAAAAUUGUCGCCAGUUGCAGAUUGUCUGCAUCUGCAACUAUACAGAGACUCCAAAGACCGAUACAAACAAGGCCAAACUAAAGCCUCUUUGUCCCUACAACACUUCCUGGGACUUGAAUCUGGAUUCACGCUGGACAAAGAAUCGCAUACGGUUGCAAUCGUAUGCCAGGACGUUGUGGUGGUGCUGGCUUUCGAUAAUCGAGAACGUUUGAUGCAGUGGCAAAUUAAAUUGAGCUCUCACCUGAAUGAUGGCCCACAUUUUUUGGUGCUGGUGUCAAGCUCCCCUUUGAAAACCAAGCUUCCACCAGGUCCAGCUAGGUUGCACGUUCAAGAGCGAAGCUUCUGCCUUACAACUGGUGUACCUCCUAGGGUGGCCGGACAAUGGCAAAUAGCUGACCUGAGGAGGUACGGGGUGGUCGAUGGUAGGUUUUGUUUCGAAGGUGGUUCCAGGUGCCUCAAAGGAGAAGGAUUGUAUGUACUAUUGGCUGAUCAAGGAGACGAAAUUAUGGCAGCUCUACAAGCGGCUUCUACUGGUAACUUGCAUGCUUCGAGAAAAAGGCCUGUGUCUAGGAAUAUGUCAGUUAUGGAUAGUCCUGCUAGAAGACCCCAAAUGCGAGGUGGCGUAGCCUUAGAAUUAAGAGAAAGCGAAGCCUCCCUAACAUCCAGAGCCAACUCUCCUUACACCGACCUAGAAAGCAACUACGGCUGCGGCGACAGCAUUUCGAACGAUGGCUGGAAUCAGCCUUCCAUUGAACGAUGCAUGAGUUGCAUCAGUAAAUUGGGUGCGAUGUCUAGAUCGUCCACCGCAACAGUUACCAUGGGCCCUACACUGGGCGCUCCUUGUUGGGAGCACACGUGCGAUCGACAUUCGAUUAGUAGUUCUAGUGAUAGUUCAGGUUGGAGCCAGGCCGUCACUAGGCCUCCUCAAAGACCUCCUAAACCAGGGUCCACUUCUCCGUCGCCAAAGAAACCCGCUGCCCCGCUUCCUAUGUCCUACGACAAUUAUGAUGUUCCUAAAAUGCCGUUCCCAGUGGAACCAAAUCACAAUGAUCAUUACGACACGCCAAGAAAGUUAAAAGAGUGCAUCGGAUUCGAAACAGUUCAAAAACCGUGCGGUUGUAUUUUGAGAAUCCGACAACCGGAACCAGAAAGACCGUGCGUCUGUCAACGCCUCAUGAGCUGCUGGUCGGCUCCAGAGGAUUCUGUUCAUGCCGUCUAUGCCACUGUAGAUUAUAGCAAAAAGACUUAUCGAUGCCAUCCAAAUCCAGGCACAACGAAUUACGCCAAUUUAACCCCAGUAACGAAUCCGAACAAUGUAAAUAAUAAGAAACAGACAACGAUAGUGGGUUGCAACUACGAAAAUAUGGAAUUUGCUCACACGUUGCAACUAUACGAAAAUGGCAAAGAGAUUUCGGAAAAAGCUCGUGCCCUUUGCAACAAAUGCGGACACGCGCAAAACGACUAUUUACUUAUGGAACCCAGCAAAACUUUAAGUCAAGCACAUCCAGGAUAUAUCCCAAUGUCACCAGCAGUGAAACAGCGCCUAAGCAAAGUACUGUCCAACAGCAAUCCCAAUUUAGGUCCAGCACCGGAUCGUUCCAGUAAACCAGCUUCUGGAUCUGCAAUGCUGCAUGCCGGCGAUGUUUACCAAAGAAAACAAAUUCUGGAUAAUGCAGACGACAUUGAUAGCGCUAGAAGAAAGCGUUCCAAUAGUGCAGAUUCCAGCACAAGUCGAGUGGAACCUGAACCAGAACCAGACGUCACUUCACCCUGCAAGUGUGUAGGACAAAUGACACAGGCAGCGCAGUUAGUACGUCGUUCAUCUAGCGUACCCUGCAAAUCGAAUCGUGAUUCGUCCAGUUCUAACGAUUCAGGAGUUUUUGAAUUGCCAAGACGUACUCAAAUGCAUGCCAAUGUCACUCUUCCCAGAAGAUCCAAAAGUUCUGAUCCACUACGUGAUUUAAGUUUUCAAUUCAAUAAAGCAGCUUCCGAAGGGAAAUCGGCUAGUGCUGAAGCUGAAGUACCCGUUUGUCCGAAUGGUAGUACCAGCAGCGGCACCUCCGACAUGUCAGACUACUUUGAGACUCUCUCUUUGUCCUCGCACAGUUCCAGCGUGGAACCUCCGCCACCUUCGUGUACAUUGAGACCUCGAUCCGGCAACGAAUAUUUGAGCAUGCAACGACUGAUUGCUCCAGUGCCUGAAGAGCACCAUUAAAACUAGUCAUUCUAAAGAAGAACUUUAUCGAGCAAUAAUGGAUGUUAUAGUCGUUUUAUUUUGUGUGGAUAUUUCAAAGGCAUUGUAAUUCUGGUUUCUGACAUCAGAUUCAUUAAAAUUUGUUCUUUAGAUAAUCUACACACAGUCAAGACACUCUCUGUAUCUUUUCUGUGAAUGGAAUACUGGAUGUCAGGUAGCUAAUUUUUUUUAAAAAAAGAGUAGUUUUUUCUGUUACUCAAAUGUUGGACACCCGGUACUUAUAUAAGUUUUAUACUGUAGUAUAUAGGUAGAAUUUGUACCCUCCCUAGUCCCUGUUUUAAAAAUAUUAUUGUAAAAACUUUUUUUUUAUGUAUGUUAUUAUUAUUAUAUUUAUUUAGGUUUAGUUUUGCAUAAUAUUACGGAAUUGCGUAUUCGGGGUGUCUUUGCUGCUCUAGUUUGUUUUUUUUGUAUAAUUUUAUGAGUAAAAGUCCUAUAUGAUACAGGUGUAUACAUAAACUACUUAUUUAAUAUAUUAUUGCAUACAAUGUAUAAUCAAUUUAAUCAUUUUUUUCCCCUUGUAUAAAUAAUAUAAUGUAUUUACCUAAUGAUUAAAUAAAUUAUUCGGAGUAAACUUA